AUGGCAACCAAGACAGAAAAGAAGCUGUCAGAGUACGUGAUCCAGCGGAAAGGGAUUCUUGUAGUGCAGAAGGCAGUGGAAAAGUUCGCGGAGAAUUUCGAUUGCGAUCGGGAUGCGUGCCAAAUUCCAAUUCGCCUUGAUUCACUGGACCGGAUCUACAAGGAGUACCUGGAGGUACAAGGACAGAUCGAGUUGUACGAUAAACCGGAGAUGUUGGAUACCCAUCUGCAAGAGAGAAUGGAUUUCGAGACGCGUUAUUGUACGGUCAAAGGAUUUCUGCUGUCCAAUCGUGCUGCGGACCUCAACCCAACCAUGCUGAACAGCACUAUGGCGGCACCUGCCCAUGCUUCGUCCUCGUUUCAUCUACGAUUACCUAAGAUCGACCUUCCCAAGUUUAGCGGUGACUUCUCACGUUGGCUCGCUUUCCGUGACACGUAUACGUCGAUGAUCCACAGCAAUGCAGAUAUUCCGACGGUUGCGAAGCUGCAGUACUUGCUGCAGUCGCUGGAGGGAGAAGCCCGGAAACCUUUCGAGUCCGUAGACAUUGAAGCGGACAACUACGCAUCGACUUGGGAAGCAUUGCUAAAGCGGUAUGACAACAAGCGAUUCCUGAAGCGUCAGCUCUUCCGAGCAUUGUACGACCUCCCACCGGUCAAGCGAGAAAACCCUCCAGAAAUCCAAGGAUUGGCUGACGAUUUCCAUCGGCAUGUGCGGGCUUUGGCAAAGUUAGGCGAGCCAGUCCAUUAUUGGGACACCCCGUUGGUCAAUCUCCUUUCCUACAAGUUGGAUCCAACUACGCUACGUGCUUGGGAGGAGAAAACCAGCAAUAACGACGACGUUACCUAUGAUAUGCUGAUCGAGUUCCUCUACCAGCGUGCCCGAAUGCUGACAUCUGUCGUAACUGACCUGCAAUAUCGGUCCCAACAACCGGUUACAGCCAAGGUGGCCGGUCCGAUUCCAACCCCAAAGCCGUUCAAGGUGGCGUACAAGGCAGCUACCGUUGAACCGAACUACAGUGCUCCGUCGUGCCUCGCUUGUCCAGACAAGCAUUUCCUCUUCCAAUGUCCUGCAUUUUCCGAGGUGUCCGUCCGCCAGCGCCGUGAGCUGGUUUCCCAAAAGCGCUUAUGCUGGAAUUGUUUCCGUACUGGACACCAAGCCAGGAAUUGUACCUCCAAGUUCUCUUGCCGUUACUGUCACGAAAAACACCACUCCCUGCUGCACGAGUCAGAACCGCCGAAGAUGCUAUCGACUCGUAUUAUCGAGGAAAGUCAGCCGAUUCCCUCGACGUCCGCCAUCGCUGACCCUUCCACCUCGGUGAAGCCGAACAGCCAAGUAAGCCUAUCGGUUCAGGCUGAGCACAGUACAGUUUUACUGGAAACUGUUUCCCUCUUCGUCGUAGAUCAGAAUGGCAAGAAGGUCCCCGCACGCGCACUUCUAGAUUCCGGAUCCAUGUGCAACUUCAUCACCAAGAAGCUUGCAAAUUCCCUGAACCUUCAUCGCACCAAGGUGGAUAUCGCAGUAGCUGGUAUAGGUGAAGCCACCAAGCAGAUUAAGUGCCAAUUGACUGCUAUGAUCCAGUCGAAGUCGACACCGUACUCUACCAAGCUUGAGUUCCUGAUCCUCAAGAGACCGACGGUCAACCUUCCGACCGUUCCGGUCGACAUUUCCGCGUGGAAUCUUCCCAAGUUGUCGUUGGCAGACCCCAGAUUCCAUAUCCCAUCCGACAUUGACAUGGUUGUCGGUGGUGAAGCGUACCAUGAGCUGCAUCCUGGCAGCAAGCGUUCCCUGGGAGAGGGAUUACCGCUGCUAAUAGAGACGGUGUUCGGAUGGACUGUUUCCGGGAAGAUAUCCAUCAAUCAUCCCACUAUUCCCCGCGUCUGUCAUCUAACCACUGUCGAUCGCAGCUUAGAACAAGCGUUACAGAAGUUCUGGGAACUAGAAGCUGUUGAGCCGUGUUCUGUGUAUUCCGUAGAAGAAAAACAGUGUGAAGAACUUUACGCUACUACCACCACUCGCGAUUCGUCCGGUCGUUAUCUCGUUCGUUUGCCACUCACCCGUGAUCCGCUAGUCAACCUCGGCGAAUCCAGAGCCAUCGCCGAACGUCGUUUUCUGAGCCUUGAGAAGCGACUAGAGCGUGAUCCACCCACCAAGGAUGCAUACUGCAAGUUCAUGGACGAAUACGCACGAAUGGCGCACAUGAAGAAGCUCGUCGAUCCAGUAGACGAUGCGAACCCGCACUGCUACCUCCCGCACCACCCUGUGUUCAAAGAAUCCAGCACAACCACGAAGGUCCGAGUUGUUUUCGACGCAUCGUGCAAAACAUCGUCAGGAUUUUCCGUCAACAAUAAGCAGCUCAUUGGACCUGUCGUCCAGGAAGACCUGUUAUCUAUCGUCAUGAGGUUCCGCACACACCCGAUUGCCAUUGUAGCCGACAUCGAGAAGAUGUACCGACAGAUUCAGCUGCAUCCCGAAGACCGACCACUUCAACGCAUUCUCUGGCGUUCCAACCGCGACGAUCCGCUCAUAGCGUACGAGCUCCAAACCGUUACGUACGGGUUUGCAUCCGCGCCAUUCCUAGCAACUCGCACCCUCCUACAAGUUGCACAGGACGAAGGCGACAAGUAUCCCGCCUCCGCAGAUGCUGUGAAACAGGAUUUUUACGUCGAUGACUUUUUAUCGGGAGCUGACGAUGUCCAAUCCGCAAUCCGCCUUCGCCAAGAAGUUUCCGCCAUGCUUACGUCAGCUGGCCUUCCGUUAAAGAAGUGGGCAUCCAAUUCCUCCGAAGUCCUUGCGCAAGUCCCGCAAGAAGAUCUCGCUCUACUGCCACUGCAUGAUCUUCAGGACGAACAAUCCGUAUCCACCCUAGGACUCGUGUGGGAGCCUAAGUCUGAUACGAUGCGCUUCAAGGUCCAGUUGCCUCUACCAGCACCCGUUCUGACCAAAAGGAAGGUCAUGUCCUACAUUGCGCAGAUCUUCGACCCACUAGGACUAGUUGGCCCGACAAUCACCGUAGCGAAACUGUUCAUGCAGCGUCUGUGGGCAUUGAAGACCGACGCAGGAGAUUCCUACGAGUGGGAUCGUCCGCUACCUCCGCAUUUCCAAGGCGAAUGGAAGGAGUUCCAUGGUACGCUAGACGCAAUCUCCACAAUCCGCAUUCCCAGAUUCGUGUCGCAGGUCAAGACCGAAACCAUCCAGCUCCAUUUUUUCUCCGAUGCUUCAGAGAAGGCAUAUGGCGCAUGCUGCUACGUCCGGUCUGAAUCCGCUGCAAGAAUUCGUGUUCAGCUGCUAACGUCAAAAUCCAAGGUCGCACCGUUAGCCACCUACCAAUCGAUUGCGCGCCUAGAGUUAUGUGCCGCCGUGUUGUCGGCUAGUCUAUAUGAGAAGGUGAUGAAGUCCCUUAAGACAGCGUGCGAAGUGUUCUUCUGGGUUGAUUCGACGAUAGUCCUCUACUGGCUGCAAUCGUGCCCAUCGCGCUGGAAAACGUUCGUGGCAAACCGAGUGUCCACAAUACAAUCCACUACCGGAUCUUGCUCCUGGCAGCACGUUCCCGGAGAAUCCAACCCUGCAGACCUUAUAUCCCGAGGUGUCAAUCCGGCCGAUAUCGUGAACCUCGAGUUUUGGUGGAUAGGACCGCAAUGGCUAUCGGUUUCAUCACACCACUGGCCACGCACUGUGCUGCCAGCGUGCGAUUUGUCCACAAUGCCAGAGAUCAAAGGCAACGUCGCCAUGAUGUCGAUAGCGGUUGCCGAACCAUCUUUCUCCGCUCGACUUUUCAGUCGCUACUCCAGCUUUACGAAGCUACGACGUUCCAUCGCGUAUUGGAUGCGAUAUUUUCGCUCUCUACGAGCUGCCGUCCAGAAGACCAAACCAGAGCCGUUUGAGUCUCUUUCCACACCUGAUCUACGCGAUGCUGAUCUAGCAUUGUGCCGAAUUGCCCAACGUGAGACGUAA